AUGUGCGGUAUACUAGCCAUUUUUCAUUCAUCUAUAGAAAAACAUCGAUUAAGAAGGAAGGCCCUAAAUUUAUCAAAAAUACUGAGACAUAGGGGACCCGACUGGAACGGCAUCGUAGUUGAGGAGAAUGAUGAUGGGACGACAAAUGUGCUGGCACAUGAACGUCUAGCUAUAGUAGACGUAUUAUCUGGUCACCAACCCUUAUAUGAUGAUGAAGAAGAGGUAUGUUUAACAAUAAAUGGAGAAAUAUAUAAUCAUUUGGAAUUAAGAAAAUUAAUAAAAGAAGAGAAUUUGAAUAAAUUAAAAAGUUGUUCUGAUUGUGCAGUGAUACCAAAUUUAUUUAAAAUAUAUAAAGAGAAAAUUCCAUCCAUGUUAGAUGGUAUAUUUGCGGGUGUAAUUAGUGACAAGAAAAAUAAUACAUUUUUUGCUUUUCGAGAUCCUAUAGGUAUAUGUCCAUUAUAUAUAGGUUAUGCAGCUGAUGGCUCUAUAUGGUUUUCAUCUGAAUUUAAAGCCUUAAAAGAUAAUUGUAUAAGAUAUGUAAUAUUUCCCCCUGGUCAUUAUUAUAAGAAUAAUAAAAAUAAAGGAGAAUUUGUUAGGUACUAUAACCCUAAUUGGUGGUCUUUAAAUAAUAGCAUACCAAAUAAUAAAGUCGAUUUUAAUGAAAUACGUAUACAUUUAGAAAAGGCAGUAAUAAAAAGAUUAAUGGGUGAUGUGCCUUUUGGUAUCUUAUUAUCAGGAGGAUUAGAUUCAUCCAUAAUUGCUGCAAUCCUUGCUAAGCAUUUAAAUAUUUUAGAUAACAAAAAUGGGAAAAGCAUUCAAAAUGGUAAUGAUAAAAAGAGUAACAACAAUGGAAAUGAGAGCAACAAUAAUAAUAAUAAUAAUAAUUUUAAUAAUAACAACUCAGGACCUCAAAAACUGAGAAGCUUUUCUAUAGGUUUAAAAGGCUCUCCUGAUUUAAAAGCAGCAAAAGAGGUAGCUGAAUAUUUAGGUAUAGAACAUACCGAAUUUUAUUUUACUGUUGAAGAAGGUAUAGAUUCAUUACAUGAUGUAAUUUAUCAUAUAGAAACGUAUGAUAUUACCACUAUACGUGCAUCUACACCUAUGUAUAUUUUAUCAAGAUUAAUUAAAAGUAGUUGUGUUAAAAUGGUUUUAAGUGGGGAAGGUUCGGAUGAAAUAUUUGGAGGGUAUCUAUAUUUUCAUAAAGCACCUAAUAAAGAAGAAUUUCAUAGAGAACUUCAAAGAAAAAUACAUGAUCUACAUUAUUAUGAUGUACUAAGAGCCAAUAAAUCUACUAUGGCCUUUGGUAUUGAAGCAAGGGUACCCUUUUUAGAUAUACAAUUCUUGAAUGUUGUUAUGAAUAUUGACCCACAAGAUAAAAUGUGCUCAAAUAAUAAAAUAGAAAAAUAUAUUUUAAGAAAAGCAUUUGAAGGAUAUUUACCUGAACAUAUCCUAUACAGACAAAAAGAACAAUUCUCAGAUGGUGUUGGAUAUAAUUGGAUUGAUGGAUUAAAACAAUAUGCAGAAAAAAAAAUAUCAGAUAUUCAAUUUUCAAGAGCAAAAUUUCUUUUCCCAUAUAAUACACCCAAAACCAAAGAAGGAUAUCUAUACAGAUGUAUUUUCUCAGAGUGCUUCCCUGAACAAUGUGCACAAGAAUCAGUACCACAAGGAGAAUCCAUCGCAUGCUCAACUAGUAAAGCCGUUGAAUGGGAUGAAAGUUUUAAACAAAAUGCUGACCAGUCAGGUCGAUCGGUUCUAGGAAUACAUAGACACUCGAAGCAAUUUGAUGAUGUAAAAUGUAUUCCGUUACAAAAUCAAGAAAGCAUCAAUUAUUAA